CUGGCUACCUGAGCUGGUUGUGUUCACGCACGCGCGCGUGUGUCGGUGUGUGUGUGUCGGUGUGUGUGUGUCGGUGUGUCGGGACAGAAGCUGGAGCUGUGUGUAACUGAGGUCAGAGAGAAGAGGAGCUCCAGCUGUAACAGUCGGUGAGCUGUGACUACCGAGCAAUGAGAACACACUGACACACAGGGAAAGAUGCUCAGCUUGGAGGAGGAGCCCGUCAAAUACGGAGAACUCGUCGUCCUCGGGUGUAAUGGCUCAUUCCCAGGAGGCAGAAGGAAGAGUCGCUUCAGUCUCUACAGACGAAACAAAGCUAAUGGAGUCAAACCAGGAACUGUUCAUCUCCCCUGCAGUCCAGAGGCAGCCAAGGUGAUCAGUAAUAACAAUCAGCACAGCGUGUCUUACACACUGUCGAGCGCUGAGACCGUGGUGGUGGAAUAUACAGAUGACAAUGAGACUGACAUGUUUCAGAUCGGUAGAUGCAGUGAGAGCCAAAUUGACAUUGUGGUGGCGAACCCACUGGGCCACUGUAAAGGACACUCGGGUUCCUUCCAGAGUACCAUCUCUCGGUUUGCGUGUCGGAUUGUGUGUGAGCGUGCUCCACCCUACACCGCCCGAGUGUACGCUGCCGGCUUCGACUGCUCCAGGAACAUCUUUCUCGGAGAGAAGGCGGCUAAGUGGCGUUCACCCGGCGGUCAGAUGGACGGUUUGACCACUAACGGAAUUCUGGUUAUGCGGCCGAAAGGCGAGUUUACUGGCUCGUGUGAGCCUGGAGUGUGGAGAGAGAUCUCGGUCUGUGGCAACGUUCACACACUCCGAAUGACCAGAGCUGCUCAGAGCAAAGGCCAGCAGGUGAUGGAUGAGUCUCAGGUGCUGUUGGAUGGAUCUCUGAUCGAUCUGUGUGGUGUGACCCUGCUCUGGCGCUCUGCAGCGGCGCUCUCGCGCUCUCCGGGACCAGAACACUUGGAGGAGCUGCGGGUGAAGCUGAAUGCUGCACGUCCACAUUGUCCUGUCCUGCUGCACACGCUGGCCUUCCCCAGUCUGGACAAAACUGAAUGCCAUCAGCCGCAGCAACCCUGGGCCUACCUGUACUGUGGCCACGUGCACGGCUUCCACCCGUGGCGGGGCAGAGGGACGGCCAUCAAGCACGAGGAAGAGAAGGAGGAGAAUGAAGAGGAUUUUGUGAAGGGAGCAAGGGAAAGUGACAAGGACAGGGAGUGCCCUCUGUGUCGGGCUCGAGGCCUGUAUGUGGCGUUGACGCUGGGUCGUGAGUCGCGGCUCUGUGUGGACACAGGCCCUCCAUCUUAUGCCUUUGUGCCAUGUGGUCACGUCUGCUCAGAGGCCACUGUAGUGUACUGGAGUAAAACUCCGCUGCCCUGCGGUGCCAGUUCUUUUUACCCAGCUUGCCCCUUCUGCAUGAAGCAGCUAGCACGAGACAGACCCUACGUCAGGCUCAUCUUUCAGGGAGCGCCAGACUGAGCGCCCAUGUAUGUGAUAUGAAUUUGGACAGCGUUCUUCACUGCCUGACCGACUGCUGCUCAAAUCUGAAUGGUAUCGCUCUCACUGCUUCUCUGGCCCUGUCUUAUUUUGCUUCAGGAAGUCAUAAACCCUUAACAUGAAACAGCACUUUCCAUUCCAAAAGACAACAUUAACGUGUCGCUGCUGUAGACAGACUGCACUGUUAACACAGGAGUGUGUAAAUGUUUAUUUAUCUAUCAAUAUAAAUAUAAGUAAGCGGCCAAGUAUUUAUCUACUGACCAAUACCAAGUCCUGCCGAACUACACAUGGUCCAGCUUCUGAAAAAUUAGCGAGAUGAACACUGCUGAUGUCAUCCAUACAAAAUGACCCUCGAGGUUCAGAAACUUGAGGUUCAUCAUGUGUUUUAGAAUGAUAAAAGCUAACAGCUAAUCAACCUAGCCAUUGGACUAUUUAUUUAUGACGAUCUUAAUGUAAGAUUAGCCUUCUAUUUUACGAUAUGAUUAGUUAGCUGGCUAAUUGGAGUUACUCCAAUGUAACGUUAGCUAGCUUAACUCUCAGUCUGAUUGUUGUUGCUCUCUUGCUAACAUCCUUCUUCUAUUUCAGCUAACAUUUUAAUAACUAGGUUGUAUCUGUCCAAGGAAAAUUAUGAGGCAAUGGUGGCUAGCAGAGCCGCCAAUCACAUAAGCCAGGGCUUGCAAUUGGUCAAAUGUGUGUAUAUAUAUAUAUAUAUAUAUAUAUAUAUAUAUAUAUAUAUAUAUAUAUAUAUAUAUAUAUAUAAAAUACAUUUUGUUUGGACUCACUAAAUAUUCAGCACUGAGUGAUAUACAGGUACAAAUUACAGCCACAUGGUAAGGCUUUGACUGUUAAAGUGAAAAAUUGCUGAUGAAGGGUGUGUCGAGUGAAAUGUACAGUUUCUUAAAUCUUCUGUGGCAUUUACUCAAACUGUACAGACACUUCAGUAGACCUGGUCAUCACGGUAUUGUGUUUGGUUCAUUACUACACUCUGUAAAAGGCACUUACUGCUUAAAAAUUCAACAAUCUGUACCUUUGGUGCUUGGACCCUGUCAUCGCUGCUUGCAAUUAUCUUAUUUCGUCUUGUUGCAGUUUAUCGUUUUUUGGUUGUUUUUUUUUUUCAUUCCAAAGUAUGACAUGACUCUGAACUUUUCUAUGUUUAAUAUUAACUAUGCUGAAACACACUACAGCCUAACUAUUUUACAUUUUUGACUCUGGGGCAUUUUUAAAAAAAUAAAGUUUAAUGGUAAAAACCUG